AUGGAUACUGAUAUUGAUCAUCAUCAUAUUAAAUCCAUUGAAUUCAAUAAUGUUAGUACAAUUUGGACAAGAUUAAUCUCUAAUGAAUUAAAUUAUGUACAAAAUAAUCCUAAAUUAUUUACUCAUUUAUUAAAUAAACAAAAUAUUCAUAAUGAUGAUCAAAUUAAAAAAUUAGCAUUACAAGCUAAUUCUACACAAUUAUCUGCUUCAUUUUAUUAUCGUAUUGUUAAUUAUAUUAAUAAUAAUGCAACAAAUGAUUUACGUCGUAUCAUAUCUUUUAUAAAUGAAUUUGACAAAGGUAAUAUUUGUAUGAAAAGUACUAAAAAAGCUCAACAUUAUAGAAAAUUAGGAAAUGAUUUAUUCAAGCAAGGUAACUUGAAUGCUUCAGCAACAGCUUAUCGAACUGGUUUACUUCAUGCACCUAAUGCAUAUUUCAUGUCAUCGACUAGUCAAAAUGAUGAAUUUUGUUUAGAAGGUGCAUUGUUGCACGGUAAUUUAUCUGUUGUACUUGCACAUCAACAAUUAUGGUCAUCUUGUUUAGAAUCUGUACUAACUGCAUUGGAAUUACACUUGAAUGUGACAAAUAUACAGAAUUGUAGUAAUAAUUCACCACUUAUCUCUUUACUUAAUAAUGAGAAUAAAAACAAUAUAAAGAACCAUUGGGAUAUCCCAACACCAAAAUACGAUCAUAACCUUUUGUACCAUGGGCUUUCAAACGGUGUACGUAUUGAUACAAAUCAUGAAAAAGGCAGACAUAUCAUCGCUACUGAAUCCUUUGAACCAGGCGAUAUUAUAGCGGUUGAGCCUGCUGGUGGAUGGGCACAAAACAGAAAUGCACACUCCUAUGAUAAUGAUAAUAAUGAUCGUAACACAUUUGAAUAUUUACUACUUCUACCGUCACAACGUAUGAAUCAAUGUUUGAAAUGUUUUAAUCAACUAAACUCCGUUGGUUUUGUCUGUCCAUACUGUUGUGAUGCUGCGUAUUGUGAAUUGUCAAAUAGAACUAGUUGUAAUUCUUAUUGCGCAAAAAUUUCAAAUCCUUCAUACUUAUUUCGUGAUUUUCAACAACCUGCUUGGCAUCUGGCAGAAUGUCGAUUUAUGUUUCUUUUAAAUUCCAUUGGAUUGGGUCAUUUAUGCUUUCGUCUCGCAUGGCUUCGUCAGCGCUAUCAUCAUCCAUCUUCCGACGAAAUUAUCAAUGAUAAUAAUUCAUAUUUUACUACUGAUCAAUUAAUUGAACAUUUUACAAACUUUCACGUUGAUGAAUUAUUCGAAUAUGCACUUACUGGUUGGUUAAUUUCGAAACUUUUAAGCUAUAAUAGUAAUAAUGGUAAUAAUAAAACAAAUUUGCAAUCAACUAACAAUGAAUUGAUCCAAGGUCUCUGGUGUUUCGACACGUUAAGACGUCUUCAGUGUAAUGCACACGCUAUCACUGAAAUCCAGGUCAAUGAUCCUGAUAUUCAAACAUGGCUCCCUUCGGAUCAAAUAAAUGUUAAUGAUGUUAAUGAUCGGAAAUUAAUUUAUCCUUUGAUUUGUAAAUUGCAACAAAUUCGCAUUGCAACUGGCCUGUUCCCAUGUGUUAGCUUAUUAAAUCAUUCAUGCGAUCCGAAUAGCAUUCAUGAUUUUCAAAAUUCAUACUUAAUUUUACGUUGUUUAAAACCAAUUCUACCUAAUACUGAAGUAUUUCAUUGUUAUGGCCCGCAUUAUUUACAUUAUCCAUCAAGUGUUCAACGUGUAACACUUCUUCAACAACAAUAUUUCUUUAUAUGUCAUUGUGAACAUUGUGAUAAAUCUGUUCAAUCUUCAUCAUCAUCAUCUACUUUAAGUAAAGAUCAACAAAUGUCUAUUGUCCCAACUAAAGAAAUGUUAAACUCAUGGAAAGAUGCUGUUGACAAUGUAAGUGUUAUUAUUACAGUUUAG